AUGAACCUUGAACUCUUGGAGGCAUUUCAUCAAAACUACCCGGAGGCAGCUGAUGGUCACCUCGAAAGAAUUAAAAAGGACGAAUCAGGCAAAGAUGGGGGGUGUGCUACCUUUGUUGUUACGCUCCAGUUUAAUCGACCCGGCAGUUUGGUUGCCAUCGGUUGCAAUGACGGUCGUAUUGAAAUCUGGGACUUCGUUACCCGAAGAAUCGCCAAGGUCAUCGUGGCGCAUUCACAUCCUGUCUGCUCUUUGUGCUGGAGCCGAAACAGCCGCCAACUCCUGUCAGCCUCCACCGACAACAGCGCCUCCAUUUGGAACAUCGUCACGGGAGAGUGCGAGCGAACCUUCACCUUCCCCUGUCCUCUCAUGAAGGUCCAAUUUAACCCCCGUAAUGCCUCCGAAAUCCUUGUCUGCCCCCUCCGCCACCCACCUGUUUUAAUCGAUACAGAAACCGGGAAACCGACAAUCAUCAAACACGAAGACGAGAAUGACCCCAGCAUCGUUGCCUCUUACGAUCGUCGUGGAACGCACAUCUACACGGGGAAUUCACGCGGUCGAAUUCUCAUCUACGACUCCAAGGCCUCGAGGGUCGUGAACCAGUUCAAGUCCACCGCCACGGCCACGAACGCAGCCAUUAAGUCGAUCGAGUUUUCGCGACGUGGCGACUUCUUUCUUCUUAACUGCGCCGACCGUUUCAUUCGUGUCUACAACUGCUCAGACGCUCUGCACUCCUCCGAACCCGAGCCGCUUCAGAAACUGCGUGACCUCGUCACGGGGAGUCACUGGCGCAAGUGCUGUUUCUCCGGCGACGGCGAAUUCGUGUGCGCUGGCUCCACCAAGCAGCACUCGAUUUACAUCUGGGAGCGCGCCAGCGGCACCCUCUUCAAGAUCCUCCACGGUCAGAAGGGCGAGACGCUGUUAGACGUCGUCUGGCACCCCCUGCGUCCGGUCGUCGUCUCCGUCUCCAACUCUGUCACCAAGGAACAGGUCUCGAUCUGGGCGCAGACCCAAGUGCAAAACUGGUCGGCAUUUGCGCCGGACUUCAAGGAGCUGGACGAGAACGUGGAGUACGAGGAACGCGAGUCCGAGUUCGACUUGGAGGACGAGGACAAAGUCGAGGACGAGAAACCGGAUGACGUUGAACAGGAUGUCAUCGUGGACGUGGAGACAGUCGAGCCGGUCGCUGCCAUGCUUAGCAGCGAUGAAGAACGCGAGCCCGAGGACAUCCUGAUGUUCCUCUCCAUCUCGCCCGACGUGGACAACCCAGACGAGUUCUCUGGAUGCGACGAGGCUGCGUCUGCCGAUGUCCGGAAGCACUCCGAUUCGUCGCCCACCACUUCGAAGCGCGCCAAGCUCUCCGAGAAGGCCGGAGCCGUGCCAAGCCAGGCACAGCGCACCUUCAACGUCGACUUGCCCGACGCCCCCACAGACGAGGUGCAUCCGCUGAUCGGGACAUCGAAAAAGCACAUGGGUGGAAAGUCGUCGUUGACGUCGGGUCAUGGCUACGCAGCGAGCAACAGGGGUGGCGACCUCUCGGACACCGGGUCGGGUCGAAAAGGUCGGAAUCGGACGAGGAAGUAG